UCGCAACACGGCGUUUGCUACGGUCGUCCUCGACGUCGUCGUCCAUUGGUAGUGUGCAGCGUGCAAAGGGGCUACUACCCCGGGUGGGUCUGGCCGUUUCCUUCUGCUCUGUCUUGUGAUGAAUCGUUACGGUGUAGUCCUGGGCUGUUCGUCCACUAAUAGCAGUGCCAGCUGAGUGGUGUACCGUUGCCAUCUUUGACACGUUCGGCGACACCGAACGCCCGUGGUCCUCAUAUCGUGCUCCAUUUUCGUCACCGCCUGUGCGAGUGUUUGAUCUGAGGUAACAAAUUAAGUCUAGUGUCGCGAGUGAAGUUUGGCGCCAGGCGCCGGUGUCUGCCCAUUACACCGCCGAUCGCCCGAGCCGCGUUGCACCACACGAGCCGCUGACCGAGAAGAUAUCGAACACAACACGCAAGUAUAGACCGCGAGAGGUGUCAGAUAAUAGGAGCGGCUAAGGAGUAGGUGCCGACCAUGGGGCCUCUCAAGCAAAUGACACACUGUGGAAGCAUAAGUGCGCUAUUUGCGGUGCUGAUAGUGCUGUUUGGCGUCAGCUCGUCUGCGUUGACCACCUUCGGGAAGUCAAACACGAAUCAACAGGCAGCACCAACACCUCCGCCAGUGGUAGCAAAAAGUUGCUCCAGCCAUGGCGACUGUAGCACGAUACAGAACACGAGCUGCGUCCAUGAUCCGAGCGAUGAUCGCAUGCGGUGCCUGUGCGGCGAUUUUAAGGCACCCGUUAAUGGGCUAUGCACGGCGAAGUACAAAGGACUUCGGCAUCUUUGUUCGGAAUCGGGCCAGUGCGACUACGGAAUGAUGUGCGCGAUGGAAAACAAUACCAAACCGACGACCACCCUUGUAACGAGCAAAACGUUUCUAACCAGCAACAUGCUGAACAGCAAUGGCAAUAGCAGCUACCGGGUGUGCCUAUGUGACGAGGAAGCGGACUUUUUCGAGAAUAAACAGGAGCGUCCGUUUCAUUGCAGCGGCACGGUCCGGGGCACUGAUUCCGUGUCCGGAGCACUGCUUUCGCUGAUCAUGCUGCUGCUGCUCGGACCGUCCAUCGCCAACCAUCCGAUCAACCACUGGAGCACAACUAUCUAAGAAAUCAUCAGUUUCGGCAAAGAACGUAAAUGUGCGCAAAAAAUAUUCAUAUUUUAGAAAUUACAACGGUUUUUAAAUGUUUGAGCCAUUGAGUAACAAAGCGGAAGCGGAGGCAAGAUAAGAGCACCUAAACUUUGGUCAAACUGUUUUCAUCGCGCACCAACUAAAUGCCUUAUUAGCGUAACACAUAAGUUAAUGGAUGAUCAAUCACGCGGAGCGGACUAAUAACUAGUAUUGCUGUUCGCAUUCGAUGCUACAUUCCGCCAGAAACGCAACUGUUAAAAAUUGUAAGCUUUUGCUGAAAACAAUACAUUAUACGGAGAAGCAAACCAAACAACGAUGGGGUAGUUCUUAAACGACAGGCGAAUUUUAAUAUGCAUUUUUCUCCAAAUUUAGAAAGUAACGAUUUAUAUUGACACUGUCGAAAACCAAAAAAACCUAAAUUAAAAGGCAAAAUUUAACCAAAAACUAAAAACAAAACAAGGCAAUUCAUAAUUACUAGAGGAAGGUAUCUCAUUGUUUUCUUCGGCACAUAGGGUCCUUUGAUAAUGUACAUAUAAAUGAUAAACUAAACAUUAUUCAAUUCCAAAACUCUAUCUAAAAGAUCGAAUAGUAAAACAGUCGUACGGUUUAUCAUAAAGCUUCUAGUUGUACGUGGUCAGACUACUGAAAAGUGUAAAAGAACUUGACUUACUUUAUUUUUCCCAAAGGCUACUCAAAAUAUCAUCAUCAACUUAAAAUUGCUUCAAAAUAUUGACAAAAUACCGUGUGAUUCUUCGGUCUAUAAAAUCAGUGCAUCUAACAUGCAUGUUAUUUACAAUAGAGUCGAGUGCGCUUCAUAAUUCUCUAUGACAAGUAUACAUUGUAGUAAACCGAACCAAGAUAAAACCGUGUAACAUAA